AUGGUUACAAAAAGUAUGGAGGUAGGGGUAAAGAAAAGAGAGAGGGUGCCUAAGGCAUGUAAUUUCUGCCGAAGGCGAAAGAUUAAGUGUGAUGGUAAGUCGCCAUGUCUGCAUUGCGCGACCUCGAACUCUAAUGAAUGCAUUUAUUCUUCAAAUAGCGAUAGGAAGAAUAAACCGAGUAAAUCGCCUACCGAAAGAAGAAAUGGUAGUUCAUCUUCAGUGGAUUAUUUGGAGUCCAAAGUGGAGAAGUUGGAGAAAUUAAUUUUGAAUUUGGCCAAUCGUAUAGAUAGUCCCAAUUCUAAUAAUCAAAUCGAUAGCGUAAGUACUAAUUCUCCUGACUCAGUACAUGGUUCUAGUGAAUCUUUAUUGGGUGGUACUUCGAAAGAAAAUGACCAGAAAGUACCUUCAACUCAAAUCUUUGAGCAGUAUUUUGGAACUCAAACAACAUUUCAUAUCUUCUCGAACAAAAGCAUAGCAUGGAUUAAAAAUAAAUUAGGACCUGAAAAAGAGGACCUAUGUAUUCCCAUAGGUAAUAUGCCAGCUGUAUUCCAAAAUCUUUUUAACUCGGUUCUGGAUUUAUUUGUGGAUCCAAAAGUUGAACUUGAAGAAAAAAGCUCUCUUCUAUCUGGUUCGUUUCCUAUUACCAAAGAAUUGGUGUUUGAGCUAUUGGAUGUUUUUGACAAGAUAUAUUUGGCCGGCUUCUUGUGUGAAGCGAGCUCCAUUAAAGCGUUAUUCGACAUAUAUUAUGAAGAUCGAAAACAUUUUGGGUCGAGACACAGGCGACUCAAAUCCAGUGAGUUGCUAAUUAUGAAUAUAUCUCUAGCUCUUGCUCUAUCUUCUGCACUUGAGAGUGACCGAAAGCAUAAUUCUUCCUUACUUCAUCGCUUACCGAUUUUUAGUUCACUAUCUAGUGAUGAAUUAUUAGGUUUGCAAACGAAGUUUUUCCGUAACUCUGUUUUCUACUACCACAGAGUAAGUACUGUCAGCGAUGGCAUAUUGUCAAUUCAGGCAAUUUUAUUAUUGGCAUUUUAUUUGGAAAUGAAUUGGUUACAUACAAGCGUUAAUUAUAUAUUGACUUCAGUUGCGAUUCGGUUUGCGCAAGAAAUUGGUUUGCAUCGUUAUGAGUCUUUAACUGAUCUCCCGGAAGCAGAAAUUGUUCUCAGAAGAAAGACCUGGCUUUUUUGCCAACUUUUCGAUACAGAAAACUGCUAUCGUGGAGGCAAGCCACCAAUUAUCAAUUAUUCCGAUGUGUCUACAUUGACCAGUAAAGACGAUUCACAUUUCACCAAUCUCCAGGAAAUGUCAUUCAACAUUCAGAUUGACGCAUCUUGUGACGACGAUCUUAAUUUAGUAUUGGCUUUGAAUAAAAUUAGAGCUAAGUCUUACUGUGAUCUUUUUAGUGCUUCAGUGAAUCAUGAAACUUUUUCAAGUAUUUCCAAAACAAUAAGAUCUCUAAAUCAAGAGAUGUUCUUGUUUGUGGAAAAGUUUGACGAUAGUUGUCGCCCUCGUUUCUAUAAUGACAAAUUUUUUGAGUCUAAAACCCUAGGUUUGUUUCGAGACGGACCAUACGGCAGGAAAGCUGAGCUAGCGUUGACAAUCCAACUUUCUUUUUUUAUACAUUUGAUGACAAUUAAUGGGCUUCCAUUUCAAGUUCAGUUCCCAGAUCAUGAUGAAAAUUGUAUUGAAAGUAUUGUUUUUAGAAACUUAAAGCUAGACAGCGCAAGAACCGUAUUGCGUAUUGUCAAAGGAUUAGAAGUUUCGAAGAUUCGAUCAGAUUGUCUCGAAUGGAACAAGUUCUAUCCAUAUUCUGCAUUCUUGAUACUAUUAGGAAAUUGUCUUAAUAGGCCAAACUCACCAGACAUUGAAGCUGAUUUUAGAUUGUUGAGUGAUGUAUCUAUGAACUUCUUUGUAAGUUCCCAGAUUCCUCCAAUGGACUCAUCAUUAAAUCAUUCUCAGACCCACUCAACGGCCUUACUUAAAAAUUCCCUUAGCAUAAAUAAUCAAAAAAAAUUAUUAUCCCAUGUUGUUUUACGAACUAUGUUGAAUAUAUUGUUUGUCGUCUUAGAGCGCGAAACGCAUCAUAAUUUUCUUUCGGACAUUAAAGGUUUAAAAGAACACUUGAAUGAAUCCAAGAAGCACUUCCCUGAAUUGUUUGUCGAAAGACCACUGUAUGCCCUCCCCAAGCAUAUCUUAAAAUUUAGUGAAGCAAAUAGUGGAAGUUCUCGCAAGGUAAGCACGGAUUUAGGAAUAUCCGAUGGAAUAUUCAAUCGUCAAGUUAAUACACCUCUUAGCUACGGUAUGGGAUCUGAUGAAGAACUUUCUUCAAUCAACCCGAGCCGCUCUCGAAGUUUCACAUCCUUUCCAACUUCUGAUAAUGGACUACCAAGAGUUAGCUCACUCGAUGAGAUGAAUGACGAUACAAUCAAUAACAUGUUCUAUUCACAGAUUUACAAUCUACCAAAUUUUUUCUUCGACAAUAACAUGGGUACUUAG